AUGGCUGCCAAGCAACCUGCUCUGGACUUCUUGACCUUUGUCAAUGCUGCUCCUACCCCUUUCCAUGCCGUCCACGAAGCGAAACAGCUUCUGGAUAAGGCUGGCUUUCAAGAAAUCAAGGAAAGAGACUCUUGGGCGUCGACCUGCCAACCGGGAGGCAAGUACUACUUGACUCGCAACACUACUACCCUCGUGGCUUUUGCGAUCGGCAAGCAAUGGCAGCCGGGCAAUGCCAUCUCUAUGAUCGGUGCCCACACCGACUCUCCGGUGUUGAGGGUCAAACCCGUUAGCAAGAAGAGCGGGGAAGGCUUCGUCCAGGUCGGUGUAGAGACCUACGGCGGAGGCAUCUGGCACACUUGGUUCGAUCGUGAUCUCGGUGUCGCUGGGCGGGUUAUGACUCGCGAAAGCGAUGGAUCCAUCGUGCAGAAACUGGUCAAGAUUGACCGUCCCAUCCUCCGUGUUCCAACACUGGCCAUCCAUCUGGACCGCCAGGAAAACUUUUCAUUCAAUAAGGAAACACAGCUGUUCCCUAUCGCUGGCCUUAUUGCUGCAGAGCUUAACCGCAAUGAUGGAGCCGACACCCCUGAUACAGACAAGGGUGGGGAAUUAUUCUCACCAUUGAAAUCUGUCACAGAACGUCACCACUCUCACUUCGUUGAGCUUAUUGCUAACGAGGCUGGUGUCAGUCCCAGUGAUAUUCUGGACUUUGAAAUGAUCCUCUUCGACACUCAAAAGUCCUGUCUCGGCGGUAUGCUGGAGGAAUUCAUCUUCUCCCCUCGUCUAGACAACCUGAACAGCACUUUCUGUGCUACAGUUGGUCUGAUUGACUCCGUGGCCGAUAAAUCAGCCCUCGACGACGAGGAAGCGAUCCGCCUGAUUGCCUUGUUUGACCACGAGGAAAUCGGAAGCCGCACAGCACAGGGUGCGGACUCGAACAUUCUUCCAUCGAUCAUUCGCCGUCUAUCCGUCCUCCCAUCCUCCUCCUCCAAGAGCACCGACCUGUCAACUGCCUACGAGCAGACUCUGUCCACCUCCUUCCUUGUCUCUGCCGACAUGGCUCAUUCGGUCAACCCGAACUAUUCGGGGAAGUACGAAUCAGACCAUAAGCCGGAGAUGAACAAAGGCUUGGUGAUUAAGAUCAACGCCAACGCUCGCUAUGCGACGAACUCUCCUGGAAUUGUUCUCCUGGAGGAGAUUGCGCGCAAGACCACCAAGGAGACUGGCGUCCACGUUCCUCUUCAGCUCUUUGUGGUCCGUAAUGACUCGAGCUGUGGCAGCACCAUUGGCCCUAUGCUGUCUGCUGCGCUGGGCGCGCGGACACUUGAUCUAGGCAAUCCCCAGCUCAGUAUGCACAGUAUCCGUGAAACAGGUGCUCUCCGGGAGGCGUUGAUUGAAUUCGAGGGUAUUCUGACGGAGGAGCAAAGGGGACUCUAUAAAGUCAGCGCUACGAAACCAGACGUUGCGAGCGUCAUCGCAUUCGUGACGGAGAUCGACGCCAACAACAGCACGACAAGGAGAUGUGUGGCACCGAGGUUGUGUACAUUUCUGGAGGCGACACAACAGUUCAGUGAUGUCGUGGGUACAUUUAUCAGCUCCAAUCCUCAAAUCGCCGCCCUAAUCUGGGGCGGCGUUAAGAUGGCUAUAUUGACGGCAAGCAAUAUUACAUCUUACUUCGACAAGGUCACAAAAAUGAUUAUGGAGAUCGGAAGGUCGUGUCCAACCUAUCAACAAUUUGGUCAACUUUAUCCCGACUGUAUCAGCCUUCAACGUGAGCUAUGCGAGUACUAUGCAGCCAUCGUCCAAUUGUGUACCAAGAUCAUCGAAGUAUCAAGACGCCCGCCGAUCACGCAAACUUUAUCGUCUAUUUUCAAUCCCUUCGAGUCUGAUUUCAAAAGCCCUCUCGAUAAACUAAAGCAAGCUACAAAGGACAUACAGCUGCAGAUAUCACUUGCCUCAAAGCAGGCUAACGAGGAAACAAAAAAAUUGCUGGAAAACGAGAGCCAAAAUAACGCAGCAUCCCGAAAGUUGACAAAUAAAUUCCGAAAAGAAACCCAAAAGGAACACACUGAGGCGCACCAGUGGAGAAUCCACAUGAUGAAGAGGGAAGCUGCAAGCUUGAGAUCUAGCAUUAGACAAAAUCUUUCUACCAUCGACUACGUCAAACCCUGGAAGCAAGCUAUCCAACAACGCGUGCCCUCCACAGCGGAGUGGCUACUGCAAGAGUUCCUUUUCCAUGAUUGGCAAGAUGACCAAAAUACUGCAAUUCUCUGGUGCCCAGGCACGAUGGGUAUGGGAAAGACAGUGCUUAUAUCUAAUGUGGUUGCCCAACUUCAUGCCUCACGAAAUACCAAUGACAUUAUUUCCUAUUACAUUUGUCGUGCGGACAACACUGCAUCUCUGUCAGCGAGAAACAUUAUCGGGAGUCUUGCUCGUCAAAUAUUAGACUCUCAGAUCAAACACGCUGAAGAUGAAAGUCUACAACGCCUAUACGAGGAUAGCAAUGACCUCAAUACGGCUGAAGUAGUUGAUUUCGUACUGUCUCGGCUCCACGAUGACAAUACAUACUAUCUAGCUAUUGAUGGACUGGAUGAAUGUGAACCUGUCGAGAUCCGGAAGGUGGCGCAGAGUGUGGCCAAACUUUGUAACAUGCGCGUUAAAAACUUCAAAGUUCUCUAUACAGGCCGCCCGGAGCUUGAAAACCAAUUGUUUGGAGCCAUGAAACCCAAAUACAAAAUCCCGGUGACCGAGACAAAAGUUGACUUGGAGAUGGAUCGCUAUAUUGCCGCGGCUAUAGGCAACUGCCUAGAAGACAAACAAUUGAUCUUGGGGGAUCCCACGCUCAUUGUGAAGAUAUUUGAAACCCUAAAAAAGGGAUCCAACGGAAUGUUCCUCUGGACGCGUCUUUUCAUCGAAGAGCUCUGCGAACAAGGCAGUGACAGCGACAUCUUAGAUGCAUUGAAGCAUCCCCCUCGUGGCCUAUCUGAAAUAUUUGACAGAAAACUCAGCCGUGUACGGGAGAGAACCUUGGGAAAAGACGCGUUCAAAAUUCUCCAAUUUUGUGGUGUGAUGAAGCGGCCAUUGACAGCGAUGGAAUACCAGGAGGUUUUAGGUCUUUUUCCUGGACAAAUGUCUCUUGACCGAAAAAAGCUCCCCAACGACAUGAAUAAGAGGGAAAUGGACGAACAGCGCUCCAGGCAGCAGCGCAAGGAGGUCAUCUCAAGGUCGUGGAGCGACUUCUCGCUGCAACAGCAAAUGUCAAUGCGCCCGCCGCAGAGGAAAAUGGACGAACAGCCCUUCAAGCAGCAGCGGAAGGAGGCCAUCUUCAGGUGGUAG